AUGAAGGAAUCGAAUUUAGGUCUUAUGAUGAAAAUUGACUCAUAUUUGAAUUGCGGAUUUUUUGCAUGUUUUACGAUAGCUAUUUUUGAAAAUUCUGAAUCAGCUUCGUUUGAAUGCAAAUACGACUUCUAUGCCUACGAAACAGUAGGAAAUAUUUACUACUGUUGGAUUCAAAACAACUUAAAAAUUAAUUCACCAUCAUCGGCUUUAAUAACGUCUCAUUCUGGAGGUCACAAAAGUGGAUACAACAACAAUUAUGUUUACGGUAUAUGGAGUGAUGUUGGUGGAAUCAGCUAUUUCCCACUUGGAUUAGAUGAAUUAUAUCCAAAUAUCAACUUUAUUGUCAUUCGAAAAGGUCGAAUUCAAGAACUUCAUCAAUCUGACUUAAAAUCACUUCCAAAUUUGAAGCAUUUAGAUUUAGGACAAAAUGAUAUUGAUGUCCUCGAAGAAGGAUUAUUUGACUACAAUCUAGAAUUGGUUUUGAUUUCGUUCAUGGAAAAUAAGAUUUGUGAAGUUGCUCAGAGCAGUUUUGAUAUUAUGCCAAAGUUGCAUUGGCUUUAUCUUAGCUAUAAUCAAUGUAAAGAAGUCUAUGAUGCAAGAACCACAUUCGAGGCUCUUAAUUUACUGGUUGAAGAUGUUCGGAUGAAUCAAUGCAAUUGCUCUGACUACUAA